AUGUCCGGGCAAUUUCCAGCCUCGACGAACCAAGAGCUGCGGCUAGCAAAUUGCGCUGCGUCGAUUUGCCGACCCGCUACAAAUCGGCACGCCGCAUGCCGGUGGCUUGGAGCGACCGCACCACGGAGUUGCCAUGUUUUCUUGGCAGACGCCGUCGCGCGCUCCUAUUCGUUUCGGGCCUUCCAAGUGGACUCGAUCUCAGAACGUGAGAGUGAGAGCGACGACAAAAAGUUCCAGAACAGGGGCCCCCUGGCCACCAGCCGGCUGCUUUGGGGCGUAGCUCAGCCAUCGCAGCCAGGAAUGUACCGUGGAUGGCGCCAGCGAGCGAGGGACCGGAUCUCAGCGUACGAAUCGCGGCCCAGCGCGGCUCUCUCUAUGACGAGCGAUGCCAUCGGCUCAACACCCAAGAGAGCGAGCUCGCCGCGUGGUGUAACUUCUGGAACUGAUGGCCCGUGGGGAAGAGGCGACAAGCGAGGCCACCACAGCGUGGCUAGUGCAAAUGCUCCUGGGGCAAACUCACAUGCCCCCCAUCCUGAUAGCAGAAGCUGGGUGGACAACGUUGCAAUGGAGACUGGCGAUGGAGAGUGGACUGGGCUAUCCUUCGUAGCCUGA